AUGACGAGUUUAAAGGAGCUUUGUAGAGGGUUACCUCUCAACCCACUUCCACCCAAUCUUGGUAGAGACCCAAAUGUGCCUCAUGCACCUAUUCGUACACCAAACCUCACCAUGGAGGAGAAACGACUUGCCCUGAGGAAUGCUUUGAGAUAUUUCCCUCCAGCUCUACAUGCCAGUCUGGCUCCUGAAUUUGCCCAGGAGCUCAGGCAGUAUGGACACAUCUACAUGUAUCGGUUCAGCCCUACCCUAUGCAUGAGGGCGUAUCCCAUCGAUCAAUACCCCUGUAAGACCAGACAUGCAGCAGCCAUCAUGCACAUGAUCAUGAAUAACCUGGAUCCUACUGUAGCACAGUUUCCACAGGAGCUGGUUACUUACGGAGGAAAUGGACAAGUGUUCAGUAACUGGGCUCAGUUCUGGCUGGUGUUUCAUUACCUCAGCACUAUGACUGAAGAGCAGACUCUGGUGAUGUACAGUGGUCACCCACUUGGUCUGUUUCCCAGCCUGACCUCCUCCCCACGCUGCGUCAUCACUAAUGGCAUGGUCAUCCCAAACUAUUCCUCCCGGGAGAGCUAUGAGAAGAUGUUUGCUCUGGGAAACACCAUGUAUGGACAGAUGACUGCAGGAAGUUAUUGCUACAUUGGUCCUCAGGGCAUCGUUCAUGGCACCAUGCUGACUGUGUUGAAUGCAGGACGGCGUUACCUUGGAACGAGUGACCUGAGAGGUCGUGUGUUCGUAUCCUCUGGUUUAGGGGGUAUGAGUGGAGCACAAGCGAAAGCUGCGGUCAUCGCUGGCUGUAUUGGAGUCAUUGCAGAGGUGGAUGAAGCUGCUCUGAGGAAGAGGCAUGAACAGGGCUGGGUGAUGGAGGUCACGAAGGACCUUGACCACUGUGUCCAGCGCAUCAGGGAAGCCAGGAGAUCCAAGAUGGCACUGAGUUUGGGUUACCAUGGCAACAUUGUGUCAUUGUGGGAGCGUCUGUGGCAGGAGUAUGAGCGCACUGGAGAAUUACUGGUGGAUUUGGGUUCUGAUCAGACAUCACUACACAACCCGUUUAGUGGUGGUUAUUACCCGGUCCAGCUCAGCUUUACACAAGCCAACCAGCUCAUGAACACUGACGCUCAGAGAUUCAGAGACACUGUGCAUGAAAGUCUCCGUAGACACGUUGCAGCCAUUAAUAAACUCUCAGAGAAGGGAAUGUUUUUCUGGGAUUAUGGCAAUGCCUUUCUACUGGAAGCCAAACGAGCAGGUGCUGACGUGGAGAAGACAGGAGGAGGUGCUACAGAGUUCAGAUAUCCUUCAUAUGUUCAACAUAUAAUGGGUGAUAUCUUCUCUCUGGGUUUUGGGCCAUUCCGCUGGGUCUGUACCUCAGGAAACCCCUCUGAUUUGGCACAAACUGAUAACAUUGCCACUACUGUGCUGGAAGAGAUCAGCGCUACUGUUCCUGAGCGAGUUCGACAGCAGUACAGUGACAACAUCCGCUGGAUCCGUGAAGCUGGAAAACAUAACAUGGUGGUGGGCUCUCAGGCUCGGAUUCUCUACUCAGAUCAGAGAGGAAGAGUGUCUAUUGCUUUGGCAAUCAACCAGGCCAUUGGAAAAGGCAGCAUCAUAGCACCUGUAGUGAUCAGCAGAGAUCAUCAUGAUGUCAGUGGCACUGACAGCCCCUUCAGAGAGACCUCCAAUAUAUACGAUGGGUCUGCUUUCUGUGCAGAUAUGGCCGUGCAGAACGUUAUUGGUGACGCUUUCCGUGGUGCCACGUGGGUCGCUUUGCAUAAUGGAGGCGGGGUUGGAUGGGGUGAGGUUAUGAACGGAGGCUUUGGAUUGGUUCUGGAUGGUUCUGAGGAGGCUGGAAAGAGAGCCCAGAUGAUGCUGAACUGGGACGUCUCUAAUGGGGUGGCUCGAAGGUGUUGGUCAGGAAAUUCCAAUGCAUAUGAGACAAUUCGGCUUAGCAUGGAGGAUAAGAGAGAGCUGAGAGUUACCAUGCCUUAUCAUGUGCAGGAUGAACAUCUGCUGGAGCAUGCACUGCAGGGAUAG